AGGCUUUAAUAGUCAACCUAGGAAGUCCGGGAAGGGCUCAUUUUUAAGUUGCGUUACAAGCCGUUCACACAUUGGCAAAAAAAAGGUGAAUAUUACAUGAAAAUUGUUACAUACUGCACCUUUAACAUGCAUUAAUUACUGUUAAUGUAUACAACUUUAUUUAUUUUUUUCUCCCCAAUUUGGAAUGCCCAGUUCCCAGCGCGCUCUAAGUCCUUGUGGUGGUGAAGUGACUCGCCUCAAUCCGGGUGGCGGAGGACGAAUCUCAGUUGCCUCUGCGUCUGAGACAGUCAAUCCGCGCAUUUUAUCACUUGGCUUGUUGAACGCAUACCGCGGAGACGUAUCGCGUGUGGAGGCUUCACGCUAUUCUCCACGGCAUCCACGCACAACUCACCACUCGCCCCACUGAGAGCGAGAACCACACAUUAUAGCGACCACAAGGAGGUUACACCAUGUGACUCUACCCACCCUAGCAACUGGGCCAAUUGGUUGCUUAGGAGACCUGGCUGGAGUCACUCAGCACACCAUGGAUUCGAACUCGCGACUCCAGGGGUGGUAGUCAGUGUCAAUACUCACUGAGGUUCCCAGGCACCCCAAAGUAUACAACUUUUAAUGUAAAACAUAUUUGUAUAUUCGUAAUGUAGAAAUUAACCAAAAUUAAUUAUAGAAUUAAUGAAACCUGUAAAAGUAUUGUUUGCUGUUAACUAAUGUAGUUAACUAAUGCUAAUGACUACAACCUUAUUGUAAAGUGUUACUAUUUUAAUUUUUAUUCCAGUUAACAAAAUUUUUUAUCAUAUAGUUUUCAUUAACAAUAAUAACACUGAUUUAAUAUUAGCUUUGUUAAAGUAAUACUCAUAAUUGUGCCCAGCCUUCCUUAAAUGUGAUAAUAAUACUAAUAGUCCAGGGCUGCUUAGCUGAUUGUAAAUGUGUGUUCACUGUCCCAGAUAAAUGUCACACUGUAAGCUGGUCACUCAUUUACCAGCCUAUUUGUCUUCUCGGUUUAAAAUCUGCCACUUUGAGUCAUAAAAAGCUCUACCUUGAGUUUGUUUAUGAUGCCUGGGAGUGUUUCCUGGACAAGGAUUGGAACAGUCUAUAUGGCACAGUGUAUAUGCCGUUGAUCGUUAGGCUUAGUAUUAUAUGUUUCUAAAACACACUCGCUUGAGACAAAGGUUUUGGAUUAUAACACUUCUCAAGUGUCGGAUUUUGUGCGUGUAGACCUUGGUUUGGAUCAGAAUGAAGACUACGAGAAACAAAUUUGAGGAGUGGUGGUGAGACUUGUUGGACAUGCUGGGCAUGGAGAGACUGCCUGAAUUGGCUGCAAUAUUCUUACACACUGUCUGUCUGGAGCUGAAUGGUAUCCAGAUUCCAGUUGCCAUGACUUCGGCGGUGAACCCAGAUCAAGGUGGCACCACAAGAGAUCAGACUAAAAAGAGAAGAACGGUGAUCCCAAGUUGGACUGAUUAUGAAGAGGCAAAGGAACUGCAAAAGUUGUACAGCAGAAAUAUGGUCCGGACGACCAAGUACACCUUCCUUUCCUUCAUCCCCAAGAAUCUUUUCGAGCAACUUCAUCGUUUUGCCAAUGUAUACUUCCUCUUCUUGGGUGCAUUAAACUUUGUGCCUAUUGUAAAUGCGUUCCAGCCAGAAAUCGCGAUCAUUCCUAUUGUCUUAGUGAUUUCUGUUACUGCUGUUAAAGACCUUUGUGAGGACCAGCGUCGGAGGAAGUCUGACCAACAGGUCAAUAACCACUUGUGUGAUGUGUAUGAUAGAAAGCAGCAGCGGUAUGUGGAGCGUCGCUGGGCAGAGGUGUGUGUCGGUGAUCUGGUCCGUCUUUGCUGUAAUGAGAUCAUUCCUGCUGAUAUGGUGCUGCUUCACUCGUCUGAUCCUAAUGGCAUGUGUCACAUUGAGACGGCCAACCUGGAUGGAGAAACUAACCUCAAACAGAGGCAGGUUGUUCAUGACCUGCCACAACAGGAAUCAGAAUUUAUUCCUGAGAACUUCAACAGUCGUAUUGAGUGUGAAAAUCCAAACAAUGAUUUGAGACGGUUCAGAGGCUUCAUGGAGCAUCCUGGUAAAGUGCGGGUUGGACUACACAGUGAAAAUCUGCUUCUGAGGAGCUGCACUGUGAGAAACACAGAGACUGUGAUCGGCAUUGUGGUCUAUGCAGGUCACGAGACCAAAGCGAUGCAGAAUAACAGCGGGCCACGCUAUAAGAAAAGUAAACUGGAGCGUAGACUCAAUAUAGACGUACUCUGGAGUGUCGCUCUACUACUGCUCAUGUGCCUUAUUGCUGCUGUAGGUCAUGGUCAUUGGUUGAGUGGACUAAAGGAUACCAUCUUCAUGAUUCCUGAUGAUACACCCCCAGCCCUAGCAGGCUUUUACAUGUUCUGGACUAUGAUCAUUGUUCUGCAGGUGCUGAUUCCAAUCUCCCUCUAUGUGUCUAUAGAGAUUGUGAAGCUGGGACAGAUUUAUUUUAUCCAGAAUGAUUUAGAUCUGUACAACCCACGACUGGACACAGGAGUGCAGUGCAGAGCGCUGAACAUCACAGAAGACCUGGGACAGAUCCAGUAUCUUUUCUCCGACAAGACUGGAACCCUUACAGAGAACCGCAUGUUGUUCCGUCGGUGUACUGUAGCAGGAACUGAGUACCCUCACCAUGAGAACGCGGUAUCUCUGGAACAGUAUGAGCAGGCCUGUGGUGAUGCAGAUCCCUCUCACACCCUGAGAUCACGCUCUAGCAGAAAGUCUCUGAGCUGUAAAUCACUCAGCUGCAACCGGAGUUCAGUGUCCCUCAAUACCCUCACUGCAGAAUCUGACACACAUUCCCCCCAUGACACACUCCGCAGACACACACCUGGAGCUUUCAGCAGCACCAUGGAGUGUGCUGUUGUUCCAGACCCUCAGUUACAGGUGAGGCUGGGUGCCUUGUCUUCCCCAAUGUGUUCCCCUCACCGACAGGAAGCUGCUGAACUCUCACACAUCCUGGACUUCUUUCUUGCUCUGGCUGUAUGCAACACUGUGGUAGUUUCCUCACCCACUCAGCCAAGACACAUGGUUCAGAUGCCUGUGGUCCGCACUCCCCUGCGCUUUCUGGAGGAGAAGAAGGCCCUGUUGCAGAAACUGAAUCUGCCUAGCUUUCCAUAUUCACCAAACCAUAGUACAGACACCCCUUCUAGCCUGACCAAGAAACUCUUCUUCCGGUGUCGUUCAACAUCUUACUUUGCUCCACAAACACUCAUCACGACUCCACAGUCACCUACCACACCCAUUUGCGCCUCUUCAAACACUUCCUCCUCCCCCUCGACUCCGGCACUGAUGCACAGUGGGGCAUGGGGAGAGAAUGUGGAGGACUUACAGCAGGCCAAAGAUGAUGGUGCUGAUGAGACUGACAGUGAUGAUGAGGAUGAGGCAGAAGAGUUGCUGUAUGAGGCAGAGAGUCCAGAUGAGGCAGCAUUGGUGCAAGCAGCAAAGGCUUAUGGGUGCACUCUGCUGGGCCGGUCCCCAGAGCAAAUCCUUGUGGCUGUUCCAGGCACUGGGCCACUCACCAUCCCUCUGUUACAUGUACUACCGUUUCAUUCUGCACGCAAGAGGAUGUCUGUGGUAGUGCGGCAUCCCUUCACUGGAGAGGUGGUGGUGUACACUAAAGGAGCUGAUAAUGUUAUCAUGGAGCUGGCUGAUGAAGGUGAAGAUGGUAUCUCUAGGGAGGUUAUAGAGCGGACACAGAGACACCUGGACCAGUAUGCAAGAGAGGGACUACGCACUCUCUGUGUGGCUAAAAAAGUUUUGGAAGAGCAGGAAUACAAAGUCUGGUUGAAGAGACAUGAGUUUGCCGAGACCAGCAUUGAAAACAGAGAAGAGCUUCUGCUUGAAUCUGCCGAGAGACUGGAAACAAAUCUUACAUUACUGGGAGCGACGGGUAUAGUAGACCGCCUCCAGGAGGAAGUUCCUGAGACCAUUGAAGCUCUGCAGGAAGCUGGGAUUAAAGUAUGGGUCCUCACAGGGGACAAACAAGAGACUGCUAUUAAUAUUGCUUUUGCUUGCAAACUCCUCAGACCUACAGACCAGCUACUCACAUUCAAUUGUGACAACAAGGAGGCUAGUGAGGCUCUACUUCAUGAGUUACAACAUGAGGUAAGACCGUUCACAAAGGGAGGCGAGUCUGAAGAUGAUUGGAGCAGUUGUGACUUUGUGCUGGUCAUUGAUGGCCGCACCCUGGACUUUGCUCUGCAGAAGGAGCUACAGGGGCCGUUCCUGGAGCUCACAUGCUGCUGUCGCUCAGUCAUAUGCUGCAGAUCCACCCCCCUGCAGAAGAGCCAAGUGGUACAGCUCGUCAGAAAUAAACUGAAAGUUAUGACCCUGGCUAUAGGUGAUGGAGCAAAUGAUGUUAGUAUGAUUCAAGUGGCAGAUGUGGGUAUCGGCAUUUCGGGCCAGGAGGGCAUGCAGGCAGUGAUGUCCAGUGACUUUGCCAUCUCGAGAUUUAAGUAUUUGAGAAAGCUGAUUUUGGUUCACGGUCAUUGGUGCUAUGCACGCUUGGCCAACAUGAUCCUCUAUUUCUUCUACAAGAAUGUGAUGUUUGUGAACCUGUUGUUCUGGUACCAGUUUUUCUGUGGGUUUUCAGGCAGCACUAUGACCAACUCUUGGGUUCUAAUCUUCUUUAACCUGCUCUUCACCUCUGUCCCUCCACUUGUUUACGGCGUGCUGGACAAAGAUGUCUCUAGCGGGACACUCCUAGACCUCCCUGAUCUCUACCAGUCUGGACAGAACUCUCAGGCCUACCUUCCCUCAACAUUCUGGCUGACCAUGCUGGAUGCUUUUUAUCAGAGCUUAGUGUGCUUCUUCAUACCUUACUUUGCAUAUGCAGGGUCUGAUAUUGGAGUAUUCUCCUUUGGCUCUCCAAUUAACGGCUCCGCCCUCCUCAUCAUCCUCCUGCAUCAAGUCAUUGAGAGCCGCACACUGACAUGGCUACACGCUGGAUUGCUGCUCUUCAGUGCCCUGUUCUAUUAUGUCUUUGUUUUCGUGUUCAGCGUUAUAUGUGUGACAUGCAGUUCCCCUGCAAACCCCAUUGGCAUUGAGACAAAAAUGAUGUCUGACCCACUCUACUAUUUCGUAUGUGGACUUACCACAGUCCUGGCACUGCUGCCAAGGAUGCUGCUUCGUGUCUUUUGUAACACCUUCUGUCCUUCUGACCUGGUGAGAGCUCAGAAAAUGGAGAAACUUCCUCCAGAAGACUAUUUCUCUCGUGUUCGGCAGUGGAGGGACAACAAAGCCACUAAAAAAUUGUCCCCCAGACACAUCCCUCAAAGCCUCACUGUGAAUGCUGAUGCCCCCAAUUUAACAGACUGUAUUCCAGAAGCAGGCGCUGUUCUCUCCUGACCGAUAACAAAAUCGCUGCCUUUAACCUUAUAAGCAUGGUCAUUAGUUGAAAUAAUGACCCUUUAUUUUUGCACUUUAAUGAUUGGCAGGUACUCUGACCAAUCAGACCUCAGAGCUGGCUUUCCUCUGAACAACGAGAGUGUUUUCAAAUACCUGGGUUCUUUUGCCUUCGGGGGCUGGAGCUUACAGCUGGACUGCAUUGCAAACUCUGAGUCCAUUGUGAUGUCGGUUUUAUAUAGACUUAAAUGUGGUCUAGCGUCUCCUGACUGAUAAGCAGAGAUUUGUUUACACAUCACAGGCUGUGCCUGUGGCCUUUUAAAUUACAUAUGAGAUUCUCAUUUCCCUUGACACCAAAUACAGGCAUAACUCCCACACAAUCUUAUUUUAAACUUUUACAUUCAAUCAGCCUGUAAAUUACCAUCUUCUUCUCUGUUUGAGCUAGUCUGCAGACAUGGUUAAAUAUGAAAAAUGAUUGAAACAUAUUACAAUUCCAGUAGCAUCAAUUGAACAUUUUCAGGUGACUAAUAAUCACUGUUUGAUGGACACUUAAAAUGAAAGAAGUGAAUUGAAGGGAUGAGCAGCCUGAAUGUUGGGAUGAAAAAGUGUCACUAUAUUUGCACAUACUUAUUUUUGCUGAUCUGGUAGUCUCUAAGUAAUUAGGAAAUGCAUUACUGUUUCUUGCUCUUUAAAAUCUUAUCAUGGAGAACAUACUGCAAUGCCUUUACAGUUAGGACAGUAUGAAUUUUUCCUGCUCAGGAAUAAACUGAAAUGAAAAGAAAAAUGAGCUAAUGUGUUUGUGACUUAAUGUCCUUUUAUACUCAAUUCCUGUGUUCAUGCUGAAAAGCAAACAUGUCUACCAGAUGAAUCACAAAUGGGCAGAUUCAGUAUUUUAUGACAAACUAACGCUAGUUUGCUUUUAAUGCAAAAAAAAUAUUCUUAUGGCAAAAAUGUUUGCUUGAGUUUUGAAAGUGAUAAUUGAUCUUGGAUGAUUUCACGUGACUGACUUGGAAACGUAUUAUUUGUUGUCAUUUAUCACUGAAAAUCUCAUGUAAGCCAUUUGUACUAUUUUCAAAAUUUGUAAUAAACCACUCAAAACUUG